AAUCUGUAUUUGUGAGACUUCCUCCUUUCCCGGCUGAACGUGCUGAAGUCAGACUGAGUACCUUGUGAAGGACUUCAGCCCCCACAGUUCCUUGUGUGCGCAUGCCCUCUCAUCUUACAGUUGUCAAAGUGCUUUUGCCAGAGCGGUCACAUAAUCAACCUGAAAGAAGAAAAUAAAUACUGUAUACUUUUAAAUUUUAUCGAUUCUUAAAAACUGGACACUCAAAGCUGCGCAAACCAUGCAGGAUGAUUUACUGAUGGACAAAAGCAAAACCCAGCCCCAGCCCCAGCAGCAGCAGCGGCAGCAGCAGCAGCCCCAACCUGAGUCCAGCGUAUCCGAAGCCCCGUCCACGCCCCUCUCCUCAGAGACCCCCAAGCCGGAGGAAAACAGCGCAGUGCCGGCCCUCAGCCCAGCCGCUGCCCCCCCGGCCCCCAACGGCCCGGACAAGAUGCAGAUGGAAUCACCGCUCCUGCCAGGCUUGAGUUUCCAUCAGCCCCCUCAGCAGCCGCCGCCGCCGCCUCAGGAGCCCGCGGCACCGGGCGCGUCGCUGUCGCCGUCCUUCGGCAGCACCUGGUCCACGGGCACCACCAACGCGGUAGAGGACAGCUUCUUCCAGGGGAUCACCCCAGUCAACGGGACCAUGCUCUUCCAGAACUUCCCGCACCAUGUCAACCCAGUCUUCGGAGGCACUUUCUCCCCGCAGAUAGGCCUGGCGCAGACCCAGCACCACCAGCAGCCGCCGCCGCCUGCGCCCGCGCCGCAGCCGGCACAGCCAGCGCAGCCCCCACAGGCGCAGCCCCCGCAGCAGCGCCGCUCACCCGCCAGCCCCAGCCAGGCGCCCUACGCGCAGAGGAGCGCCGCCGCGGCGUACGGCCACCAGCCCAUCAUGACCAGCAAGCCGUCCUCGUCUUCGGCGGUUGCAGCCGCUGCUGCCGCAGCCGCCGCCUCGUCGGCCUCGUCCAGCUGGAACACGCACCAAAGCGUGAAUGCAGCCUGGAGCGCACCGUCCAACCCCUGGGGCGGCCUGCAGGCGGGCCGGGACCCUCGCCGGGCGGUCGGUGUGGGCGUGGGUGUGGGUGUCGGGGUGCCUUCCCCGCUCAACCCCAUCUCGCCGCUCAAAAAGCCCUUCUCCAGCAACGUGAUCGCGCCGCCCAAGUUCCCUCGCGCGGCCCCUCUCACUUCCAAGUCCUGGAUGGAGGAUAACGCUUUCCGGACCGAUAAUGGUAACAAUCUGUUGCCAUUUCAGGACCGGAGUAGGCCCUAUGAUACUUUUAACUUGCACUCGUUGGAGAACUCCUUAAUGGAUAUGAUAAGGACUGAUCAUGAGCCUCUGAAAGGUAAACACUACCCUCCCAGUGGCCCACCAAUGAGUUUCGCUGAUAUAAUGUGGAGGAAUCAUUUUGCAGGACGCAUGGGGAUAAAUUUCCAUCAUCCAGGAACAGAUAAUAUUAUGGCACUUAACAGUCGAUCUUCUCUCUUUCCCUUUGAAGAUGCCUUCCUGGAUGAUAGCCACGGUGAUCAGGCCUUGUCAUCUGGCUUAAGUUCUCCCACUCGCUGUCAAAAUGGGGAACGAGUAGAACGCUACUCUAGAAAGGUGUUUGUUGGAGGACUUCCUCCUGAUAUUGAUGAAGAUGAGAUCACUGCCAGCUUUCGCAGGUUUGGACCUCUCGUAGUAGACUGGCCUCACAAAGCUGAAAGCAAGUCUUAUUUUCCUCCUAAAGGCUAUGCCUUUCUGCUGUUCCAAGAGGAAAGCUCAGUACAAGCUUUGAUAGAUGCCUGCCUAGAAGAAGAUGGGAAACUCUACCUGUGUGUGUCAAGCCCCACCAUCAAGGACAAGCCAGUGCAAAUUCGACCAUGGAACCUAAGUGACAGUGACUUUGUAAUGGAUGGUUCUCAGCCUUUGGACCCCAGAAAAACUAUCUUUGUUGGGGGAGUUCCACGACCCCUUCGAGCUGUUGAACUGGCAAUGAUCAUGGACCGUUUGUACGGUGGUGUCUGCUAUGCUGGCAUUGAUACGGACCCAGAGCUGAAGUACCCCAAAGGUGCUGGCCGCGUGGCAUUCUCCAAUCAGCAGAGUUACAUUGCAGCCAUCAGCGCUCGUUUUGUGCAGCUUCAGCACAAUGACAUUGACAAACGGGUUGAAGUAAAGCCAUAUGUGCUGGAUGAUCAGAUGUGUGAUGAGUGCCAGGGCACACGCUGUGGUGGGAAGUUUGCCCCGUUCUUCUGUGCCAACGUCACCUGUCUGCAGUAUUACUGUGAAUACUGCUGGGCGAGCAUACAUUCCCGAGCCGGGCGGGAGUUCCACAAACCGCUGGUGAAGGAGGGAGGCGACCGCCCUCGUCACGUCCCGUUCCGCUGGAGCUGAGCCACGGGCCGACCCAGCCACAAGUACUGGAGUAGAUAACAAGGAGGGAAAAGAGAGGGCACUGCCUCAGGGCUUACAGUGUUCUGGAAAUCUGUGCAUUCGUUCUCGAUUUUUAAAGAAGAAUUGGGUCUUAUUAUUAUUAUUAUUAUUAUUAUUAUUUACAGUCAUAUUACUGAACUCAGUGUCCAGUAUAAUGCAGAAUUGCAGAGUGUAGAAUGGUACUGAUUUGCACUUUGAUUCACACCUUUGUCUGCUUGGUACCUUAAUUUUUUAUACCUGAUUUGUCACUCGUGACAGUAUGUAGACUGCCAUUCUCAUCAGCGGCCGUCAGGCUACUGUCUGUGAUUCUUUUGUUUGUUGUUGUGGUGGUGUUGUUCUGAUUGUUUUGAACUGGAGCAUGCACUUAUUUUCAGAAACUUAGAGAGUUGCCCCUAGGACAAGACUUACCAAAGGUAAUACUCGUGAGUAGGUGGCAGAUGUAGCAAAAACUUCACAACAAUUCAGCAAUCAUUAGCUCGGGUCACUUAGAGUAAGGAUAACCCUUCAUGAAAAUAAGCCUUUAGUUGCUCUCUAUUUUGACUUGUAAGGAUACCUCAUAAGCUGGAUCUUUUAUUUUUCCUUCAUGUUUGAUUUUUGUUUUGCCGAGGAUUUUGGUUAGAUCUUUUAGUAUUAUGUAAAUUUAUGCUGCAAUAGCUUUUGCUGCUAUUAAAAUGGUAUUAUUAAUACCAUAAUACUCUAUUCAGGCUAGGAUAUCAAUUAAACACAAAAACCCAACAACACACUUUUGUGAUUUUAGGGAUAGAGUCAGCUGCCGAACGGAGAUCAGAAUAGACUUCAGAAAGCUUCGGUGGAAGGUCACUAUUUCUGACUGCAUGUUUACUUAAUCAGGUUGCUGCAUGCAAUAAAUUUUAUAUCCAAUGUCUAGUAUAAAACGUUCCCACAAUGCACAAAUUAAGAAUCUAUAUAAGCUAUAAAAAUACUCAUUUUUUUAAAAAAGUUUUUUUCAUUCAAAGAAUUGGUAAUUGACCGGAGGAAGGCAUGCCUCAAUAAAUGGAAUGCUCUGAAUGGGAAGAGCCCAUAACAGAAUGACCUAUAUUACAACCGAUAUAAAACCUAGGUGUAGGAUAUUCUUCAAGCAAAUUUGUGGAUGGUAGAUGAAGUACUUUGCGGUGCUCUGUUAUAUAUUGUGAAAUUUAUUUUAUAUAGUAAAGUGAUUAUGUCUAACUGUGAUCAAACUUAACUGUUUAAAGCCUCUGUCAGACAUUAAUGAACUUGACAGUUCAUAACUGAUAUAUUAUAAACUAACACAUGAGCUCUUAGUUACAAUCUCUUAGUGCUUGCACCAUUUUACAUAGCUUCAGACCUUGUCCAGAAAACCAAAGAGCUCAUCUUAGCUUACAAACACUAAGAAUAUAUACAGGAUAUAGAGAUAAGUUGUCAGAUUGACAAACUAGGCACAUUUUUAAGAAAGUUGUGUAAUGGUGAUGCUAAAGAAAUGUCUGUACAAAAUAAGAUGGCCUGGGCAGAGUUGGUUGUCUGAGUGAGAAACUAACUACUUAAUUCCCUGGAUUUAUCCUGUUAAGCUUGAGUAGAAUGAAGGCCUACUAGCACUAGCGUGGUCUAGAGUGAAGGCCUGCUAGCACUAGCGUGGUCUAGAAUGAAGGCCUGCUAGCACUAGCGUGGUCUAGAGUGAAGGCCUGCUAGCACUAGCGUGGACAUUUUUCUAGCAUUCACCCUUGGGCUGCAGAUAGUAAUAUAUAAACACACACAAUGAUUGCAAGACUAUGUAAAUCUUUUUUUAAUCUUCUUCCUAUGUUUUGGAAUUCUGGGGACAAUCUGACUGGAUAUGACACUGCAGAAUAGAUUUAAGUCGCUGUGUUUUCUGUGCUGUGAUGUCCUUGUACUGUCUUAAGUUAGUGUUGCUUGUUUUUGUUUUGUUCUCCCAUGUUUAGUUGCAAUUACUGGCUCUCAAGCUAUAGUUUGUUUUCAAAAAGGAAAAACAAAAUAGUUUUUUACUGGAUUAAAAAUGCUUAUUUUAGAAUCCUCCCCUUUUUGAGGCUUUUUGGUAAUAAUUGCUUUUUUCCAGCCCAGGUGUGGUUUUGUUUGUUUUUUUCUAUGUUUGUGGGUUUUUUUUCAUCUGUACAAGAAAUUUUGUUAUGCACUACUACUUUUUGUAUUCUAGACAGUUUUCAAAAGUUGGCAGAUUUUUUUUUUUUUUUUAAGGAAAAAGGCAUGCUUUCUGACUGACAUGAUCUUUUGCAAUACCUCAAUUUUGAAAUAUAGGAAAGAAAAUGAUAUUUUCUAAGUAAGUUUAUUCAGAAAAAUAUAUAUUAAUUUAAUUCUGCAAGAAAAUGAUUUAACAGAUGGGUAACUUUAUUUUUUUCAUGCUUAUUUGUGUUUUUUGAAAAUGAAGAAGUUAGAGCUUUAUAACUAUAAUAUUAAAGAUCAUAUCUAACCUACAGAAAUCUACCUAAUUAUGUGAAAGAAGCAAAACUUUUUGAAGAAGCACCCCUCUUUCAUGUAUUAAAAUAACACUGAGAUUUUUUUAAAAGCUGGAAGAUUGUACAGCAUAAAGCUAAAGUGAAGGCAAAAAACAUUGUCCUGAAGAAUAGGUUACAAAAAAUAAACUCCAUUUGGUGCUGAAAGUUGUGAAUAGAUGGUGGAAACUACUUUCCCUUAAUUUGUAUAUUUCUAAUCAAGUGUUGAUUGUGCGCGACUGACCAGGAUUGUGAAAGAGUUCUUCUGUUUGUAUUUUUUUAAAGAGAACUUUUUUAGUUUAUUAAAUUAUAACAUGUUCCCUUUUGUUUUGUAAAUAAAUGUGCCCCCAAGUUGUUAAUGUUAUAUUAAAAGAGAGGGUCCUUCAAAAAAAUUAUUUUUUAAAACACAGAGGUGUUCUGACCUGCAACUUGACUGGGAAGCCCCUGGGUAACACAGGUCCUGCUGUGGCCUUUCCUUGGUGUGACACUUGAACUAGUCGAUUUUUUGAAGGCUAUAACCUAACCUCGACUAUUUGUUGUUAUGUGCAAUACUGUUUGUACUGUUUGUAUAAAAAAUAGAAAAAAAAAAAGAAAAGAAAAAAGGCAUAAAUCUUUAUUGCAGAUUUAUUUUCAUUGCAAACUUUAGACAUUGUGAUUCACUGAAAUCAUUUUUCUACUGUCAAAUAUGUACCUUUUCUUCAUGCUGGUAUUUUUUCAAUAGUAAUGUAGCCUUUGUACUGAGACAAAUUUUCAUUGUUAUUUUUAGAAAGAUUUUUUGCUAAGAAAAAAAUUAAACAUAUUUACAUAUUUUUCAUUUUAUUUCGUAUUUUCUUUAAGGAGUGCUUUCUCAAUCAUUAAUAGAGUUGUUUCUGGGAGGGACUUUCAUAUCUGGUCAAUGUCAUAAUAUUAUUUUGUAUUUUUAUUGGAAUAAAUUAAUUUUAUGAUGCUAAUUCUUUAAAAGUUUAUUUUUUUCAUUUUCAGUUAUUUUUGAAGCUAAAACCUUUGUAAUAUUGUUACUAAAGUGUCUAGUUUUUUGAAAUGCAAAGCUUUAUGUAUUAACUUGCUGAUGUGGUUUACAAUAGUGUGACAACGAUGAAAAUGGUUGGUUAUGUAAAGUGAUUGGAAAUGUAAUGGAUAAUUGGGUAAUAAAAUGACAGAAUGAGCAGAA